CAGUCACAGCUAUGCAUUCAUAUAUAUAUUUUUAAUUCCUAUAGUGAAGAGAGAUGUUGAAGUAGGUGGAUUUGUUUUGCUUUCAAGCUAAACUCGUGGCUCCAUGGAUGCAGACAAAGACCCCUUUGAGAUGUGACCCGGUUUUGACCCUGCUGCCACGUCGAGCACCUGUAAUCUAACAGUAAAGACUAAAUCAGAGUAAAGUACACACACACUCACUCUCCAUAAGGACGUUGCAAACUCACUCUGCACUUUCAGCUUCAUAACGAGCUUUCCUGGAUCCUAUACAAUACAAGAAAAACAAUUCAACAUUCAAAGCUAAACCAGAUAGACAAGUUGGACUGAUAGAAGAACGUAUUUUACCUCUGAUGUUCAGAGGAGUCAAUUGUGCUGAACGGAUGAAGGACAAUAGUGUCACUUAUAUAGGCUAUACUAUAUGGACACCCACUCCAGACGGGGACAGACGACGAAUCAUUCAGAUAUACGUGCAAAGGUGAGCAGUGCGUACCGACAGAAACAAUGUCGCGUUGUGUUUAUAGUUCCGAGGAUAUACUGGUGGGUUUUCGUUCUGGCUGUGUGGUAUGCGAUAGGAAUAUUCGUUUUAAGUCUAACGUAUUUCCACCUGUCGCGGUUAGACGCAUCCACGCACGGUGGGUUGCGAGCCGAGAAAUCCAAUGUGACGCUCCUGAUCUGGUGGAGGCCCUUCGGUAACCUAGAUCCCCUGCCCGACUGUGCUGAGCGUUAUGGUAUCCAGGAUUGUACCCUAACCACGAAUAGAAGAGCGUACACCCGCGCUGAUGCCGUUAUCAUACACCACCGCGAACUGAUGCGCAAAUGGAGCCUCCCCAGCACUCCGCGGCCUCCCCGCCAGAAGUGGAUCUGGAUGAACUUUGAAUCUCCGAGUCACUCCGGCUCUUUGAUUGGUCUAGAUGGGGUGUUUAACCUUACCAUGUCAUACCGUCGAGGCGCAGACGUGUUUCUGCCGUAUGGGUACCUGCAGCCCCGGAGGGGAGAAAGAGAGACUCCACAGGUGAGUGCGCGGCACAGGCGUGGAAUCGUCGCGUGGAUAGUUAGCAACUGGAAUGAGCAUCACGAAAGGGUGCGAUUUUAUCGGAAUCUCCGGCGAUAUGUACAUGUGGAUGUUUUUGGACGUGAUGCGCGUGAUUUGAUAUCUGAUAGCGUAGUGCGCACCGUAUCCCGGUAUAAAUUCUACCUGGCAUUCGAGAACUCUUUGCACACAGAUUACAUCACGGAGAAACUGUGGAGAAACGCUCUCUUAUCAGGGGCAGUGCCAGUGGUUUUGGGACCGCCACGGGAGAAUUAUGAACUUUUUCUUCCCGCUGAUGCCUUCAUACACGUUCAAGAUUUCAGGGGCCCGCGGGCUCUUGCCGCGUACCUGAAACACCUGGACCGAAACCACUCCCUCUAUCAGCGUUACCUGAACUGGACGCGUCACUACAGUGUGCAUGUGACGUCAUUCUGGGCGGAGCAUUACUGUAUGGCCUGUAGAGCUGUCCAAGCCAGCAGGCGCCAGUACAAAUCAGUGUCUGAUAUUGCUCUUUGGUUCGAGUCUUGAUGUUCCCUGUGUGUGUGUGUGUGUCAGUAUAACAGACAUCUACUCUUUCACUUUUACCUCUACCAGUGUCACAAUGUCUUGCAUAUGUUGCAGGUUUGGGAAUUGUAAUUUUUCUGUUAUUAUGGAU